GUGCUGAAAUUACAGUACUGAAUGUGGGAACGAGUGAAACUGAGCCUACUUUGCGCAAGGCCCUGGCCAUUGGUGCCGAUAAGGCCAUCCGCGUAAACGCAGAGCCCACCGAUGCCUUUUUUGUAGCCAAACAAAUUGCGGCCGUGGCCCAGGAGGGCGGUUUUGAUAUGAUUAUUGCCGGCCGUGAAUCAAUUGACUACAACGGUGGUCAGGUGGGCGGCAUGGUAGCUGCCUUGCUAAAAUGGCCCUUUAUCAAUGCCUGCGUAGGCAUGGAGCUGGAUGGUGAAAAUGCCGACUUCAUCCGUGAAAUUGAUGGCGGAAAAGAAAAGCUUAGCGCAAGUAUGCCAUUUGUAGUGGGCGGCCAGAAAGGCCUGGUUGAAGAAAAGGUUAAGGAACCGGUAGAAGCCCAGGCGAAAACCAAAGUGGGCGAAUUUGCCAAGCCCGCCCCCAAAGGUAAAUUCAAGAAAAACACCUGGGAAGCGGCCACUUAUGCCGCCAAAACUGCCGAAAUGCUCGGCACCGAAGCCAUUGGUGUUUCUAUUGGCAAUACCGAAGAAGAUGUAGCACAAGCCGGGAAAUACGGCCUGUCAAAAGUAAUAAGCCUCACGGGCGAUGACUUUAGCAGCUUUGACGCCAACGCCUACGCCAUGGCCCUUAGCGGGGUGGCUUCUGAAAAUGGAGCCGAUACCAUUAUUUUGAGUGGUACUUUUAAUGCCAAAGCGCUGGCCGGUGCCCUGGCGGUUGAUAUGGAUGCGGCCCUGCUCUCAAACGUAACCGCCCUUCCGCUAAAAAGCGAGCCCUUCACCGUAAAGCGCAGCGUAUUUUCUGCCAAAGGCUUUAAUGAGCUUAGCGCUGAUGCCGAUAAGCGCAUUGUGGUAUUUGUUCCCAACAGCGUGCCGGUGGAAGAAGGCGAAGGCUCAGCAGAAGUUGUUGACGGAUCUGCCUCCACGGGCGAUGCACCGCGCGUAAACGUGAAAGAAGUUGAUCGGGUGAAGGGUAAAAUUCCGCUGCCCGAAGCCGAACGGGUAGUUUCUGGUGGCCGCGGCUUAAAAGGCCCGGAAAACUGGGGAAUGCUGGAAGAACUUGCCGAAGUUCUUGACGCUGGCACCGCUUGCAGCAAGCCUGUUUCUGACAUGGACUGGCGCCCACAUUCAGAGCACGUUGGCCAAACCGGAAUAGCUAUUAAGCCCAACCUGUACGUGGCCAUAGGCAUUUCGGGCGCCAUUCAGCACCUGGCGGGCGUAAGUGCUUCCAAUACCAUUGUGGUAAUUAACAAUGAUGAAGAAGCACCUUUCUUUAAAGCGGCCGACUACGGGGUAGUAGGCGAAAAUGGCGAGCGCAGGCUGCCCAUAAUAAUUGGUGGUUUUGAAGCGCAAAGCAUUGCCAUUGCUCUGGAAAAGGAGGUAAAUCCGCCUCGGCCGUUAACCCACGAUCUGUUCAAAAACUUUGCGGAUAAUUUUCAGAUUAAGCUGAAAGAAGUGGUCAUUCACAAAUUACAAGACGGUGUGUUUUUCUCCGUUUUGGUUUGCGAACACAACGGCAAAGAGCAGGUUCUGGACGCCCGCACCAGUGAUGCUGUGGCAUUGGCCAUUCGCUUUAAGGCACCAAUUUUUACCUACAAGGAAAUUUUGGAUAAGGCCGGAGUAAUCUUAAAGGAAACUGGCAAGGCCGAAGGCGCACCCAAGGCCGAACGAAAAAGCGACCCUGGCAUUACCGAGGCCGCUACAAGCGCCAGUAGCCUAAAAGAUAAAUCUCUUGCCGACCUCAACGCCAUGCUCGACAAGGCGGUGCAGGACGAAGAUUACGAGAAAGCGGCCCGCAUCAGAGAUGAGAUAGACCGCAGGCAGAGUUAA